AUGCUCCUCUCGCUCACUGGUCAUCGGAUCUGCUCCUACUGGCCAUGGCUGUGGAUGUGUGCACUCCGACGUCGACGCGACUCGGAUCCCGACCUCGAACAUGGAGAGAUGUCGCUUGUGGCGCUCGGUCGAUCGUCUUUCGCACUAUCCAUCGAGCGUGCAACCCUCAUCUACGAAGCGUCCACCAAGCGCUCGCUCGCGUACAUCUACGUCGUCGCCUCUUCGUUAUUCAUGGCAUCCCAUUACCUGCUGCCCCAAGUCCACAUCUUCCACAGCGCGGAUUCACCGCUGGCAUCGUGA